AUGUUCAUGAAACUUAAACAGGAAAGUAGUGGCAUUCCGAAACAUUGUUUAGAUGAGAAUGGUGUAGUGAUAAAAGAAAAAUUGCAAAAGUAUAUUAUAGAGAAUCUGGAACACGAACAAGUUCAAUUAGAUGCGGAAAAAAUUGACUAUAACCCCGGACAACAAACCGUUAUGAAAGCGCUGUUAAACUCCCUGUGGGGCAAAUUAGCGCAAAACGAAGACACAACCAUUGUGUCGUUUCUCGACUCUAUGGACGAGUUACUAGAAUUGGUAAACGAUCGAACAAUUUAGGUGACCUCUUUAGAUUUUAUAAGCAAUAAUGUCGCUCGAACCACACACCGGAAGGAUAGUUGUCUAACACCUUUACCUAACCGCAAUGUAAUUAUUGCGUCGUUUGUGACAGCCUACGCACGUCUAGAACUAUUUAAAUAUAUUAGUUUUUAUCGAGGAUGUUGAGAACGGUAAAUUUUUACAGAUUGGCGAAUAUCUUGGUGACAUGACCGAUGAAUUGUAUGAAAAAAACAUGAGUGAAAAAUGGAUCGAGCAGUUUUGUACAUGCGGUCCAAAAGCCUAUUCCUAUCGUACAAAUGAGUACACGCGAUACUUGGAAGACAGUACGGAACAACAACAAAAAGACGAGGUUGUGCACGUAAAGGGGUUUAUGUUGAAGGGUGAUGCAAAAGACAAGAUUACGUUCGAUAGCCUUGAAGCGUCUAUAGGGGAUAAUAAAAAGGAAAUUGCUGUAAUCUAUCGAGAAUUUGUCCGCGAGACUAGCCAGAGUAUUGUAGUAAAAAAUAAUUUGAAAAAAUUUAAAUUCACUUUUGACAAAUGCGUUACACACAAUGAUUUUACAACCACACAGUUCGGGUACAUAAAAUGAGUUAUACUUUUUUUUCGCAGAGUGCUUUCGCGGAUUUACACAAAGUGAUUUUACUGUUGCAGCAUCCGUUUAUGAUGACUGUUUACUGACCCACACAAUCGGGAAAAACCCAUAAAAUUGUCGAAAUUAUCGAGAACAUUGACAAGGUUAUCCAACCAACACCUGACAAACUACUUUACCUAUAUACAGCGGAACAACCUGCCUAUGACAAAAUUAAGGAGAUCAUAUGUGACAAAACUACAACGUCAAAACUACAGACAUACGAGUUUGUCGACUGUACAAAAGGUAUACCCACUGUAGCGGACAUAAAACCAAAAUUGGGAAACGCAACACUAAUGGUUCUAGAUGAUUUGAUGGUUCUAGCAAUGACAACGAAAGAAAAUGCGGAUAAUUUGAAUAAUCUAGCAUCUCGCGACAGUCAUCAUUUAAAUAUCUCCGUUAUGUUCGGGUGUGAAAAUUUAAAUUAUGGUUCUGGUAAACUACGAAACGUACGCAUAAACAGCAUGUAUCACCUUGUUUUUAAUAAUCAUACGGAUACUCGAGAUAUUGAGUUGAUUGCUCGAAAUAAGGGUAUCCGAUUACCAGCAUUACAUAGAAUAUUAACAGAUGUUGGAAAAAAACAAUAUGGUUAUUUGCUGUUUGAUGGGUGCGCUCAUUCACCUGCGAACACUCGCGUACGAACGGGUAUUCUACCCGGCGAUUAUACUACUGUAUAUGAUUUAGAAAAAGAAUUUGUGUAA